AUGACCGCUGCAUUCGGUAAAAUCGACACCUACGAAGAAUCCGGCGAGUCAUGGGAGCACUAUACGGAACGUCUAAUUCAGUACUUUGUCGCGAACGGCAUUACUGAGGAAGCAGACGACCUGAUACGACGACGAGCAAUAUUGCUUAGCUUAUGUGGUCCACGCAUAUAUAAACUUAUGAGUGACUUGUUAGCUCCAGUGAAACCCAGUGAGAAAUCCUUUGCGGAUCUGGUACAGAUAGUGCAAAACCACUAUGCACCCAGACCAUCAGAGAUAGUGCAAAGAUAUAAAUUUAACAAUUGCUUCAGAAAAGAAGGUGAGUCCAUUUCUGACUAUAUAGCGGCACUGAGGAAUCUAUCAGAGCAUUGUGAGUAUGGCACGAUGCUUGAAACCAUGAUAAGAGAUAGACUUGUAUGUGGUGUUAGAAUACAGCGACGUCUUUUAUCUGAAAAAGAACUGUCUUUUAAACGGGCAUAUGAAAUAUCGUUGUCUAUGGAAACAGCAGCGAAAAAUGUCAUAGAUUUGCAGGGACACGGAUUGAGGUCCGAGGGACAGAACAAUGUCAACAAAGUCUCUAGUGAUAGUCGAGGUCAGUCUAGAGGCCAGUCUCAAGGUCAACAAGGUCACCAAAAACCAUGUUAUAGGUGUGGAGGAAAUCAUGACCCAAAAACUUGUCAUUUUAAGGACAGUGAAUGUUUUCACUGUAAGAAAAAAGGUCACAUAAAGGAAAAAUGCCCGAGUCGACUGCGAAAUAAAGAUACAAAAGGUAAACACCAUAAAUCAACCCCAGUACAUAUGCUACAGUCAACUGACCACAGGAGGGAGGAUCAGGAGUGUAUAUAUUCCAUGUACAACAUAAACCAAGUUGGUAAAAAAGAUAGAUAUGAAGUAACCCUACAGGUCAACAACCAGGAUGUCUCUAUGGAAGUAGACACAGGAGCUGUUGUCACAGUGAUUGGAGAAAACACAUGGGCAGACAUCAACAAAAAUGGUAAGCCGGUGAAGCUUAGAAACACUGCAGUAAAGCUAAAGACUUAUACUGGUGAACCCAUCCCAACGAGGGGUGAGGGGGAAGUCUCAGUGAAGUAUGGAGACUAUACAGGAACACUGACUGUAGUGGUUGUAAAGGGAGACUACCCUAGUCUUCUUGGAAGGAAUUGGCUUUCUAAGGUAAAGUUGGAUUGGAGCCAGAUAUUUCAAGUCAAGCAAGAUCCACCAGAGGAUCAGAUUGAUCACAUUUUGAGAAAACAUGAAUGUGUAUUUAAGGAUGGUUUAGGUACUAUCCGGGGAACAAAGGCCAAGUCAUAUGUGGACAACUCUCAGAAGCCUUUGUACUUCAAGGCCAGGCCUGUACCUUAUGCUUUACGGGACAAGAUAGAGCAUGAACUUGAUCGCUUGGUGUCAGAAGGAACUAUCUCACCUGUGGAAUUUUCUGAAUGGGCCACGCCCAUCGUUCCCAUCGUCAAGGGAGAUGGUAGCCUCAGGAUCUGUGGUGAUUACAAAGUCACAGUUAAUAAGGUGUCUAAACUAGACAAUUAUCCUAUUCCUAAGACAGAGGACCUUUAUGCAUCUUUGGGAGGUGGAUCACACUUCACCAAGUUGGAUCUUAGCCAAGCUUAUCAACAGCUGGAAUUGGACGAAGAGUCUAAGAGGUAUACUUCAAUAAACACACAUAAGGGGCUUUUCCAAUACAACCGUCUACCCUAUGGGGUGUCGUCGAGUCCUGGUAUCUUUCAACGUGUCAUGGAAAACCUGCUACAGGGAAUACCGCAUGUUGUAGUGAGAGUAGAUGACAUCUUAAUCUCGGGGAGGGAUAAACUGGAUCACCUGAAAAACCUAUCUGCAGUACUUGAUCGGUUAGACAAAGCUGGAGUGAGAUUGAAAAAGACAAAGUGUGUAUUUCUGGCUGAAGAGGUAGUCUACUUGGGACACAGAAUCAACAGCAUGGGAAUCCAACCCAUAGCCGAGAAAGUCAGAGCCAUUAAGGAGGCACCUGCACCGCAGAAUGUCAAAGAACUUCAAGCAUUUAUAGGCCUUCUGAACUAUUAUGCAUGUUAUUUGCCAAACCUUAGUAGUGUGUUGUCACCUUUAUACUCACUACUCAAAAAGGAAAGCAAAUGGAAAUGGGGAAAAGAAGAAACAGAAGCUUUUACAUGUGCCAAAGAGAUGCUGCAAUCGGAUGCUUUGCUAGUGCAUUUUGACCCAAAAAAGGAACUGAUACUCUCGUGUGACGCUUCACCCUAUGGACUGGGGGCAGUACUCUCGCAUCGAGUGCAGGGUAGGGAACGACCCAUCGCGUACGCUUCACAUACACUAGCGCCAGCAGAACGUAAUUAUGCACAAAUUGAUAAGGAAGGCGCUGCCCUCAUAUUUGGAGUCGGAAAAUUCCACCAAUACGUGUAUGGACGCAGAUUUGUACUCUACACGGAUCACAAACUCCUAUUAGGCUUAUUUAGGGUGGACAAACCUACUCCUACUAUGGCAUCAGCCAGGAUUCAACGUUGGGCUUUACUCUUAUCGACAUAUGAGUAUGACUUACAAUACAAGAAGGGAUCCACGAAUGGCAAUGCAGACGGAUUAAGUCGCUUACCCCUCCAGGACACAGUUGGUGAAAUACCUACUCCAGGGGAGACAACUCUACUGAUCAGCUAUCUGGGCAGUACUCCAGUAGAUUUCCAAAAUAUCCAGUCUUGGACAGCCAAUGACUUACUGCUGAGUCGAGUGCUAACCUAUGUACAAACAGGUUGGAUGGACAAAUGUGGUGAGGAAGACUUGAAACCUUUUCAUUCACGUAGAACAGAACUCAGUUCUUAUGACGGAUGUGUUAUGUGGGGAACACGCAUAGUAAUUCCUACAAUUGGACAGAAACAAUUGUUAGAGGAACUUCAUGAGGGACAUCCGGGAAUGGUCUGUAUGAAGAAAUUGGCAUGGAGCUACUUCUGGUGGCCAGGGAUCGAUAGAGACAUCGAGAGUAAGGUCGAGGGAUGUCAGGAUUGUCAGGCACAAGGUUCGAUUCCUGCAGUGGCCCCCUUACAUCCAUGGGAUUGGCCUGAACGGCCAUGGUCUAGAAUUCAUAUGGACUAUGCAGGUCCAUUCUUAGGUCAGAUGUUUCUCAUCAUCGUAGACGCGUACAGCAAAUGGUUAGACGUAUAUCCUACCAAAACGUCAACAUCAGAAGUGACAAUUGACAAAUUGAGAGAAUGUUUCUCAACACAUGGUUUACCCAAGAUGGUGGUGUCAGACAAUGGUCCAUGUUUUACUAGCGAGGCGUUCGCAGCAUUCAUGUCUGAAAAUGGAGUGUUACAUGUAAAGACAUCCCCCCACCAUCCUUCAUCAAAUGGGCUGGCGGAUAGGUCCGUUAGGAUCUUCAAGGAAGGUAUGAAAAAAAUGCAAAACACUGAGGGCAACCUAACCCGGAAAUUGAGUAGAUUUCUACUAGCCUAUCGGUCAACUCCGCACACUACAAUGGGAAUCUCACCAUCAGAACUUCUGAUGGGGCGGCGUAUCAGAACCAAACUUGAUCUAGUGAGACCUGAGGUCAGAAAUCGGGUCAAGAAAUGUCAAACAAGUCAGAAAACCUAUCAUGAUGAACAUUCUAAGGAACGUACUUUUAGUACUGGAGAUCAAGUCUGGGUAAAGAACUUCUACAAGGGUCCGAAAUGGCUAUCGGGUGAAAUAUCAUCAAAGAACGGACCAGUGUCCUAUGCAGUUAGGGAGGGUGAUGCCAAGGUCAAACGUCGUCAUGUUGAUCAUAUUCGUCAGAGACACAGUUUAUCUUCCAAGGUGAAGGUCGAACUUCCAGAGGAACUUGAGGAUGUGGUGGUCUCUACUUCAAGCCAAACACCGGUUGUGGAGAAUGGUUCCAUCAGUACACCCGAGGUUGUGAGUUCGAAACCAGAACAAAGACCAGCGCAACCUGAACGGACCAGGCACCCACCAAGUUACCUGAAGGAUUUCGUGCGAACAUGAAUUGGAGCAUGUGUUAAUUGUUUAUUGUUAAGCUUUAAGCUUAUGGACCUGGUUAAGUUGUUUUGUGGUUAAGCUCCAUUUUCAUGUGGAUAUAGAGACUUGGUUCAAGAAUUUAUUUUUGAAGUCACGGUCAGUUUUAUUUACUUAAUUUGAGGUAACAAAUAGUUACAUUCCUGGUUUACACAUAUGGACAUGGUUAAAAGUAAUUGAUCAGGAAAUAGGGAUUCCUUUACCAAAAGGGGGAGGGAUGUUGUGUAUAAGAUAAUCCGGCUUCGGCUCUGGAUGUUAGUGUGGCCCGUGUGGGGCAUUGUGGGAUCGUCAA